AUGACGAGCUCUGUCGAUUUUGAGCCAAUCUUGGCCGAACUAGAAGCAAAUAAAGAGCUUGGAGAGAAGCUAAGAGAGCAGGUGAAAGAACUGGAAAAGUCAUAUCGAGUCGCGGCAAAGCUGUUGAACAAGUCACAUUCAACUCCAUCUUCAGAAAUCCAAAACCUGGUGCAGCAAGUCGCUUCGUCGUUCGGGGAGACAAGACAGGUGAUUCGGCAAUUGAUCGAGCUUGUUCCCGAAAAUGAGUAUUACAAGUGGAACGAUACGUGGAGCAUGACUAUACAGAGAAUCGUAUUCUCCAUAGCAUAUACGUAUUAUCUUGGAACGGGUAGACUGAUCACAAAGGAGCAGGUAGCCGAUGUUCUGGCAGUUCCACAAUCGGAGAAUCAUCGAUUCAAAUUGGCAACCGAAGAAUACCUACAUGCCUUGGUCAGCCUGGUGAACGAAUUGUCGCGAUUGGCAGUCAACAGCGUCACAUUGGGAGAUUUCGGUACACCAGUCCGAUUAAGCGCAUUCGUCAAGGAUUUACACACUGGUUUCCAAAUGUUGAACUUGAAGAAUGAUAGUUUACGCAAAAGAUUCGAUAGCAUAAAGUACGAUGUAAAAAAGAUCGAAGAGGUGGUAUAUGAUAUCUCCUUGCGUGGUUUGGAACUGAAGUUGAUGAUGUAG